UUAUCUCUGUUCUUUGACUGGAGCCACUGGGAGCUGCAGCAGGGGGGUCAGAUGGUGCCUUUCCUCGCCGUGUUUGCUCUCUGGCAUCCAGCUGACAGCCCCAGCCAGCCCGGGAGGCUGCGAGUCCCUCUGGCCCCAGCUGGGCUGUUUGUUCUCUGCUGGGCACCCAGCCGGACAAAAAAGAAGCAUUUUCCUCCCUGCUUUGAAUUUCUCCUCUCUGCCAGACUUUUUGUCUUGCCUGGGAAGCAGCAGAGCCACGAGGAGGGGGACAAGGAGCAGGGGCCAAGGGGACGGAAGAGGAGGAGGAGGAGGAGGAGGAGGAGGAGGAGAGCAUCAGAGGAAGGCAGGGGCCCCACCAUAUCCUAGCAGGGAGAGCCAGCCCGGAGUGAGCCUUGCUGGUGGAGAUGUCCUACCUGAGCCGCGCCUGGCGCCUCCACCCCUGGAGAAGCCCCCGGCCCUUCAGCAGCGCCGCGGGCCCCCCGGCCAAGAAGAGCGUCCCGUACCAGAAGACGCUGCAGGUGCAGGAGGAGGGUGCCGGGAGCGGCGAGCCCAGCCGGGCCCCGCCGGGCUCGGCGCAGGUGGUGGUGGUGGGAGGGGGCAGCCUGGGCUGCCAGACCGUCUAUCACCUGGCCAAAAUGGGGCUGCGCGGCGUGCUGCUGCUCGAGAGGGACCGCCUGACCUCGGGCACCACCUGGCACACGGCGGGGCUCCUGUGGCAGCUGCGUCCCAGCGAUGUGGAAGUGGAGCUGCUGGCGCACACGAGGGACGUGGUCAGCCGGGAUCUGCCGGCCGAGACCGGGCUGCACACGGGCUGGGUGGAGAACGGGGGGCUCUUCAUCGCCUCCAACAAGCAGCGCCUGGAUGAGUACAAAAGGCUCAUGUCGCUGGGGAAGGUCUACGGUGUGGAGUCCCACGUGCUGAGCCCGUCACAGACCAAGGACCUGUACCCCCUGAUGAACAUUGAUGACCUGUAUGGCAGCCUGUAUGUCCCCAAGGAUGGCACCAUGGACCCUGCUGGCACCUGCUCAACUCUGGCCAGAGCAGCCACUGCCAGAGGCGCUACGAUCAUCGAGAACUGCCCGGUCACGGGCAUCCAGGUGAGAACUGAUGAUUUUGGGGUGAAGAGGGUGCAUGCAGUGGAGACAGCCCACGGCACCAUCCAGACUCCCUGCGUGGUGAACUGUGCAGGAGUGUGGGCACGGGCCCUGGGCCGGCUGGCAGGCGUGCACGUGCCGCUGGUGGCCAUGCACCACGCCUACGUGGUGACCGAGCGCAUCGAGGGCAUCCAGAACAUGCCAAACGUUCGUGAUCACGACGCCUCGGUCUAUCUGCGUCUCCAAGGCGAUGCCCUCUCCGUGGGUGGAUAUGAGUCAAACCCCAUCUUCUGGGAGGAGGUAUCUGAAAAAUUUGCUUUUGGCCUCUUUGACCUGGACUGGGAUGUUUUCAUGCAACACAUUGAAGGUGCUGUCAACAGAGUGCCAGUUCUGGAGAAAACAGGAAUUAAAUCCACUGUCUGUGGGCCAGAGUCUUUCACAGCUGACCACAAACCACUCAUGGGAGAAGCUCCCGAAGUCCGAGGGUUCUUCCUCGGCUGUGGCUUCAACAGCGCCGGGAUGAUGCUGGGAGGUGGCUGUGGCAGGGAAUUGGCUCACUGGAUCAUCCACGGCCGGCCGGAGAAGGACAUGUACGGCUACGACAUCAGGAGGUUCCACCACUCCCUGACCGACAACAACCGCUGGAUGCGGGAGCGCAGCCACGAGUCCUAUGCCAAGAACUAUUCCGUGGUCUUCCCCCAUGAUGAGCCCCUGGCAGGACGCAACAUGAGGAAGGACCCCCUGCACGAGGAGCUGCUGCGACAGGGCUGUGUUUUCCAGGAGAGGCACGGCUGGGAGAGACCUGGCUGGUUCAACCCUGGGGGAGCAGCCCCGGUGCUGGACUAUGAUUACUACGGUGCCUACGGCCACCAGCGCCACAGGGACUACACCUACAACCGCCUGCUGGGGGACGAGUACACCUUCGACUUCCCCCCUCACCACCACAUCAUCAAGAAGGAAUGUUUAACGUGCAGGAACGCCCUGGCUCUCUUUGACAUGUCUUAUUUUGGGAAAUUCUACCUGGUUGGACCUGAAGCUACGAAAGCAGCCGACUGGCUGUUCAGUGCUGAUGUGAGCAAAGCUCCAGGCUCCACCGUGUACACCUGCAUGCUGAACCGGCAGGGCGGCGUGGAGAGCGACCUGACCGUCAGCAGGAUCAGCCCCGGGGCCCCGGGCUCCCCCCUGGCCCCCGCUUUUGAAGGGGAUGGCUACUACCUGGCAAUCGGCGGGGCUGUGGCUCAGCACAACUGGUCCCACAUCACCACCGUGCUGCAGGACAUGAAAUUCCAGUGCCAGCUCCUCGACUGCUCCGAGGAGCUGGGCAUGAUGAGCAUUCAGGGCCCGCUGAGCCGUGCUGUCCUGCAGGAAGUGCUCGACACCGACCUCAGCAACGAGGCCUUCCCCUUCUCCACACACAAAAUCACCACAGCUGCAGGAUGCCAGGUCCGUGCCAUGAGGCUGUCGUUUGUGGGGGAGAUGGGCUGGGAGCUGCACGUGCCCAGGGCUGACUGUGUGAAGGUUUACCGGGCAGUGAUGCAGGCAGGAGCCCGGCACGGCAUCGCCAACGCCGGCUACAGAGCCAUCGACAGCCUCAGCAUCGAGAAAGGGUACAGGCACUGGCACGCAGACCUGCGCCCCGAUGACACCCCGCUGGAAGCCGGGCUGGCCUUCACCUGCAAGCUCAAGUCCAGCAUCCCCUUCCUGGGCCGGGAGGCUGUGGAGGCACAGAAAGCCAAGGGCAUCUUCCGGCGCCUGGUGUGCUUCACCACGGAGCAGAAGGUGCCCAUGUUCGGCCUGGAGGCGAUCUGGAGGGACGGCAAGGUGGUCGGCCACAUCCGCCGGGCAGAUUUCGGGUUUGCCAUCGACAAAACCAUCGCCUACGGCUACAUCCGAGACCCUGCAGGGGGCCCGGUUUCCCUGGAUUUUGUGAAGAGUGGCAGCUACGAGCUGGAGCGGAUGGGAGUGACCUUCCCGGCCCGAGCUCACACCAAGUCCCCGUUCGACCCUGACAACAAACGUGUGAAGGGCUUUUACUGAGGGCUGCUGGGCUGCCCAGAGGGCAGAGGAGCUGCGGGCUGAGUUCCGGCCCCACCUGCCCCUGCUGGCUCCGGGGUCAGCUGCAAGAGCCGGGCAACCUCCAGGAACUCGCCGAGCCAGUGUGGGUCAAAUUAAGGGGAGAGGAGGAAGAGAUUCCAAAAAGUGCAAAGACUCUGCUGCUCUGUUUCCCCAGUGCCACUGCAGCAAUAAUUCUUUUCCAUGGUUAAUUGGCCUGCAAACAGAGUUUGGUCUCGCUGCACGUGAAGUGGUUUCAGUUUUUGACUUUGCUGGAAAAUCUUUCCCCCCAAAUGUAGUUUCACACUGGCUGGAAAUGAAUUUUUUUAAACUAGCUCUGCUGUUAAUACAGCUGGAGCCUCCAUAGCUGCUGUCCCUCUGGUCCCUUGCUGCUCUGUCCCCACUCCCACGGGUGUCACCUCAUCCUGGGGGCUCUGCUGGGCUGGGGGCCAUGGAGGGAAGGGGCAGAGUGCAGGGUCAUUGCCCAGGCUCACGCUGUGGGCUCCUCUCUGCAGUGCUGCUUGUGUUGGUGUGUCAUAAUCAUGGGACAGCUUGGCUUGGAAGGGACCUCAAGGCCCAUCUCAUGCCAUGGGUUCCAUGGGCAGGGACACCUACCACUGUCCCAGCUGCUCCAAUCCCCAUCCAGUCUGGCUUGGACACCUCCAGGGAUGGGGCAGCCACGAUUUUUCUGGGCUGCUCCUGGCACAGGCUGUGGUAUAAGGUGGCCAGGGGGGUACUGGCCCCACAGCUGCCCUUACUGGCAGCUCCUUGGUCCCUUGUGGCUUCUUCCCAAAGGUCACCUUGGAGGUGGCUCCUUUUAGCUCCCAGCAGAGAGGGGGAUGCUGGCAGAGGCUGAGCCAUGAGCUCAAACCCCUCUGGCAGCUCAGAGCCAGCCCUGGGGGCAGCAGGGAGGGCUGCAGGGGGGGUUUGCCCUCACACGCACACAGCCUGUGCUGCAGGGAAGGAUCAGCACUCCCCAUCACCAUCCCUGCUCUGCUCCCCUCUCUGGGCUCUCUGCUGGAGCUUUCACCCGCCUGAAGAAACAAUCUCACUCCCUGCUCUUCCCUUUUCCUCCCUUGACUAGGUUUGUUUGGGUCACAGCCUCUUUAGAGCUGAUUUCAAUUCCUUGCCCUCGUGCCACGAGCGCCACGGGCGAGAGCGUGAACUCUGAAAUGCUUUGGUUUUACUGAAAACAUUAAAAAUCAAGAUUGAGAUGAA